AGCAUUUUAGCAUCUCUGCUAGGAACUGUUGGCUAAAAUUGCCAACAUGCAGAGGUGGAGGCAAUGCUCCGGAUUGACUUCCUUGCCUUUUUGAUUGGACUUCGCCAUGUGGAAGCCGAUCGAACUUUCAAUGGCCUUUACACAAUUGUGAAUGCGGCAACUGGUCGCAAACUGGUGGCUGAUACGCAAGGCUUCUAUACCGCAACCACUGAUUUCAUUCCGAAGACACAUUUGUGGCGCAUCAUUCCUGAUGAAAAUGCCACCCACCUCAUUCAGAAUGCUGCCUUGGAAGUCAGAGUCUAUGCACAAGUUGGUCUAGACCGCGAAAAAGGCUUCUUCGUGAUUGGCUCCGACACUCCAGUGUAUCGAGAUCAGAGGUGGCAUUUGCAGUGGAAUGAACUUGGUGAAGGCUAUAGCAUUAGAAACCUGAAAUCUGGACGUGUUGUUUCAGAUGGAUCCGACGGGCUUAUGGCAACACUGGAGGUUCAGCUCGGUUCCUUCUGGUGGCUGAUCUCCCAAGAGCGAGACGAGAUAGGUCUUGAACUUGCCAAGCAGCACACCCAAUGUUUGGGCCAAGAUGCUUCCCAGGAUCUCGUGACUUCAGAGAACGCGGAGGAGGUCUUUGCAAGGUCCACCCGCUGGCGAGUCGAAGUGUGGGAGCUGGUGUUGAGCAUUGCAGUCACAUCAAGCCUUUGCUCACUAGCUCUUUGUUGCCGACCGGCAAAAGCAAAGUCGGAGUUUAAGUACCAGAUCUACAAGACGCAGGGCAUUGGUUCAAUCGAUCAAGUCAUUCGAGUCGAAUGUCCUGGCGUUCGACAUGAAGAUAUUGAGGUCAAGUUAAUUCCGAAUGGCUGCGAUGUGAUUCUGCACCGUCGUCCGCUACCAGGUUUGCAGGAAGUCUGGUGGAAGCAUCGGUUUCACCUCAGCCUGUCGGAGGGUUUCUUUGAGUUUGUGGAAGAGCACAUGCAGCUCGAACAUGGAUUCUUGAUCCUGGUGCUUCGAAAGGUUCAACAAGAAAGGACCAUAAGAUUUGCCCAGCCUCAACACUUUCAGCACUUCUGCAUGGAUGCCUUUGAUGAUGAGCUCAAUUGGGAUUACCCAGCCUGCAUGGAUGCUGGUGCUGGCACCGAGCAAGAAACCGGCUGUGCCAUGACCAGUGUGCAAAAGAUGCAAAAGCCUGAUUCAUUGGAGACAUUGUCGUGCGGGAGCAAUCAGAGUACGUCAUUGUCAUGAGGGUCUUGACUCUUGUGAGGAGCACAAGGCUCCUCACCUGUAGUGCUUCCAAAGAAGUUUGCACAUCCGUAGGCAAUGUUUGGACGGCUUCCCUUAAAAGUACUUCCUCAGGGACAAACAGUGCGCACAUACACAGUUCAAUACCUGUAAGGUAACGAGAGACAGCCAAAUUUGGCAGUCUAAUGGAGGUCAUUCUAGCAGUUCAUGGCAUGGAUGCGAAAGAAGUGUCAGCCAGAGCCGGGUGAAAUCACCGUGUACAUUUAUUUUGGUUGCCCUCGCAAUUGGGCGUAGUGGUCAAGGAAGGUCAAUGCACAGACCGGCACUUGUGCAAGAAAAUGAC